AUGAUUAACGCGGAAGAAAGUGUCGGAAUCGACACCACUAUGGAACAUAGCGAAUCCGGUCCCACACCUCUGAACGAUUGGGAUAAUGUAGGGGAAGACAUACCAAAUAAGAAUCGAAAGGCCGGGGUUAUACCUGAGGAACUGCGUAGAGUGAUCGAAGAGUACAGCGAUGUAUUCGCUGUCUCGGACAAAGAACUAACGCAAACGAAUCUGGUGACCCAUGACUUGAUGUGGGCACAUGACUGGCUUCUCGAGCUUCGCGAAGACCCCGACUUUGCGACAUUAAUUACGUCUAUGGAAAGUAGAGUGAUGGAAGACGGGAAACUCUCUAGGCAUAACAAGGUCCUCAGCACUGCCGAUUUUGCCUUGCAGAACGGAAGUUUGAGUCUUAUUAACGAGAAUGGUUCCUUGGCUGCCGUAGUACCGCGCUCACAAAGACGGAAUAUACACUGGUGUGCAAAACUUAGGGACGAAAGCAACUUUCGAUUUCUGUACCUCUUCCAGACGACAGGGCUCGAUGAAAUUUAUACCGUACCAAUAGAGGAUCACUACGGUAUUGCACAGGAAGCAGAUGGCAGAAAAACGAAAUAG